AUGAAGAUUCGAUCCGUGAAGCUUGACAGAGGUAGCCUGGCUGCAGCUCGUUCCAACGUGGAAGUCACCUUACUCUUCAGAGCCAGUGGCUCAACGGGACUCUUCUAUCGAAUGGCAGAAUCCGCAACCGUCAUCAUUAUCCUCAUCCUCAUCCUCAUCAUCAUCACCGUCACUGGCGUUGCCAGGAAUGUAUGUGGGGGAACAGGACCACUAAGUCGAAGAUUAAGGGACAAUGCUGUCCCAACUGUUUUUCCGUGGACAAAGCCCGAUUUGCAGUCAAGUCAGGAGAGGACAAACAGGCUAGAACAUAGGAACCGGAAAAGGAGCAAUCAGCAUGUUACAAGAAGUGGUGACCAGUACCAGUUUUUUUUAACUCUCAUUAAACUCAGACAGUACAAAACAAACUUUGAAUUAUCUCGGUUAUUUGGAAUUUCGGAAUAUACAGUUUCAAACAUCUAUCUAACUUGGAUAAUUUUCAUGGAAAAACAAUGGAGGGAAAUAAACAUAUGGCCUGAAAGAGAAAUUGUCAAACAUUACUUGCCAAGUGAUUUUAAGCAAACGUUUCCAAAAACAAGGGUUAUUAUUGAUGGGACGGAAAUUCCUAUUAAAAAACCCAAAAAUCCAUUGGCUCAACAAGCAACAUUUUCUGUUUACAAAAAGAGGAACACCGUAAAAACCUUAACUGGAGCUACACCAAGUGGAAUGGUUUCUUUCGUGUCAGCCGCGUAUGGUGGAUCAACUAGUGACUGGCAAAUCAAAAAGAGAAGUAACCUCAUCAAUAACUGUGACCAAGGGGAUUCUAUAAUGACUGACAAAGGAUUCAAUGUACAAGACCUUUUUGCACAGACUAAUGUAACGGUGAAUAUUCCAACAUUUUUCAAAAAACAAAACAGAAUGUGUCAUAGUGUUAUCUUGAGAGACAGAAACAUUUCCAGCAAAAGAGUCCACAUUGAACGAAUAAUAGGUCUUGGUAAAACCUAGAAAAUGUUAAAGGAACCCAUGAACAGCACAGAAACAAAGCUUUCAUCUCAUAUAAUAUGCAUUUGUUACAUGCUGUGCAAUUUUAGAACCUGCAUUAGUGUAUACAAUCAGCUGACAUUGCAAUUUAUCAGUCCUCCGUGUCCUCCUCUAUAG